AUGGGGAAUGUGUGUAGAGGGGAAGGAAAAACCAGAGAACCCCGUACUCCUCCGAAAUUGGAGAGGAGCGAGUCAACAGAAGCAGAACAAAAGGCCCUACGUAAACAAGCGUCUACACGGAGAAUCGAGACGGCAAAACAUGAGGCCCUGAAGAAGUUGCACACCAGCCGUGCCUUGUCUGUGCAUGAAGAGCGCCGGCGUCUACACAUCCAAGCAACCCGACAGAAGCUUGUGUACACGAGUUUUGGAGGCUUGAACGCAGACCUCCGAGACGAAGAGCUCUCGGAAGGUGAAGACCGACCACCUGGGCCUCGCCGUCCUUCUCACCCCCGGCAGGAAGGCCUCGAUUCAUCGAAACCGUUAGAGCAGAGAUCUGAAAGUGGACAAAAGGCUAUUUUCGGCUGCACUACUCGUGAAAAGAACAUGGCAGUUUUGGGUGAAUCACAAGCCUCUCCGUCAGAUAACAUUUUCGAGGUAACUGAACCAACUGCACCUGAGGCUGGCGCUGCGGAGAGAGCCGCUCAGGAAGCUUUGACACAGAAACUAGCGGAACUGAAUAGGGAGCAGAGAUAG